AACACAAUGACAUAAUAUACAUACUUUUUUGUGUGUGUGUCAAACACUUUAUUUGAUAGUUUGUUGUACAGCAACAGCCCGCAUGUCACAUGACAACACGUGGAAUGACUGAAAUAAGCAACAAAGCAGCCACGAGGCUCGUGAUGUAACGUCACAGACGCAUUCGCGUAACGUUACGUGGGCUGUCCCGCGAGGACCGGGGGAGAGGGGAGGGGGGGGGGGGGACGUGUCUCUCGGCGGGGGAGUGGCACCAUAACACGGACCAAUGUAACGCGAACGAGCUGCUUCAAGCGAGCGGAACACGCCUGGCUGCUCUCUGGGACUUGUUGGCUGUGAUGCGGCCAUGGAGGCACAGAACAACAACCAGCAGACCUUAGACAACCACAACCAUCUCAACAAAGCACCCGGUCAGGAGGAUCAGAAAAACGCUCCGAGCUGUAAGUACUUCUGCACUCUGGGUAACUUCCGGAUUGAGAAGAAGAUCGGAAGGGGCCAGUUCAGUGAGGUCUACAAAGCCACGUACCUGCUGGAGGGAGAGCUGGUGGCGCUGAAGAAAGUCCAGAUCUUUGACAUGAUGGAUGCCAAGGCCCGUCAGGACUGCAUCAAAGAGAUCGAUCUCCUAAAGCAACUGAAUCACCCCAAUGUGAUCAAAUACCUCGACUCGUUCAUUGAAGACAAUGAGCUCAACAUCGUUCUGGAGCUGGCGGAUGCAGGAGAUCUGUCCCAGAUGAUAACGUAUUUCAAGAAGAAGUGCCGCCUCAUCCCAGAGAGGACUAUAUGGAAAUAUUUUGUGCAGCUCUGCAGCGCUGUGGAGCACAUGCACUCACGCAGAGUAAUGCACCGCGAUAUCAAGCCAGCCAACGUGUUCAUAACAGCCACAGGGGAGGUGAAGCUGGGUGACCUGGGAUUGGGCCGCUUCUUCAGCUCCAAAACCACGGCAGCGCACUCCUUAGUGGGGACACCUUACUACAUGUCGCCGGAGAGGAUCCAUGAGAACGGAUACAACUUCAAGUCCGACAUCUGGUCUCUGGGGUGCCUCCUGUAUGAGAUGGCGGCGCUGCAGAGUCCGUUUUACGGGGACAAGAUGAACCUCCUGUCGCUCUGCCAGAAGAUAGAGCAGUGUGACUACCCGCCCCUCCCGUCUGACCACUGCUCUGAGAAGCUGCGGGAGCUGGUCAGCAUGUGCAUCAACCCGGACCCGGACCGGCGGCCCGACAUCGUCUAUGUGCAGCAGAUCGCCAAUCAGAUGCACGUGUGGACCUCCAGCACCUGAGCGCCAGCGCGGGGGGGGGCGCUCGCUCGGCGUGAGCUCGGCCUGGUGCAGCAGAAAAGCUCCCGCCUCACCUUCCCCCUUCGACCGUGACGCUUUUGUGUCACGGCUCCGCAGCGGCGCCGCCCGCGCGUGGACCUUCCGAGAGCCCACUUUGUUCACGUGUCCGAGCUUCGUUAGCUGAGGACGGAGAGCCGUGCUCGCACGUGUCUCUCAGCUUCGUCCUCCACCUGGGUGCCUUUCCAGGUGCCAUUGCUGUAGGGUUCAACUAUUUAUCAACCUUUAUUGGAAGCGAAAACAAAAGGUGAUAGCUAUUUGUGUAAUUGACGGGUCUAAAUGGACAAUUCCAAGUCCGAUGUAAACAAGAGCAGUUGCUGACAGAAGGCGGCAUCGGUGUGAAGCUUGUGGCAGGAAGGUCUGGUGCCUCUGAGACUUCUCCAGAAGGUCACCCAUCAUUUUGUUGUCUUAGACCUGAGACCUGAUGACCCACAAACGGACAACGUUUGCGUCUUAUUUAACCCGCUGCAUUUUGAACCUGCAAUGAUCUUUGUCGCCUUCAUACGUGUGCACACUGUUUUCAGUACGUAUGUGGAUUCAGACCCGUUGCUGUGAACGUCACUCAGCGUAGAACCAGAAAUACGUGGAUCCACUUCUUUCAUUCCCGAUAUAAUACGACAGCGGGGCCGUUUAUGAACAAGCUGACUGGCUGAAGACUGGGAUCAUUGCUUAACGUGAGAGGCACUAUGAGGCUUCCAUCAAUCUGACAUUGGAAGAACAUUGGUAUUAGUUCAGUGAAAUUAGAUCAAAUCUUAGAUUUUAUUUUAAGUAUUUUAAUGCUGCAAUUUAUUGGUGUAGAGUUAAAAUCCCACCAUAUGUGUAUAGUUUGCAAACACAGAAUAAAGUGACUGGAUUCACUGAUACCGAUGUGUUGGUGUCAGUAGUAGUACUUUGCUGAAGGAGCGGAUCUAAUGAACUGUACUUAUACAGUGUCAUUUAUUUAUUCCUUUGUGAAUGACUCGUAUAAUGUAAUAAAUAUACGAGUUUCCAGGUUG